CGAGGAGAUAGCCAAUCAAACGGCCACUUCUUACGAAGUUWCUCWAMUGUAAUAAAGUUCCCGGAUGCUCCACGUCACUCGGGCUUGGAACUUGAAUCAAAAUGGCGGAUGUCAAUGACGAGAGAAGUGCAGAUAUAAGAGAAACAGAUCUUAAUGGCGACGUUAUUCCAGGAGCAAUAGGUACRAGCGCUACUUCGAGRCUUACUUUUGACGAUGACGAURCAGGAAAGUUUCCUCAAAUGGAAGAAAUGCUAAAAGUUGCGACGGACUUGCAAGGCGGAGCGAAUGUUGAUGAUCACCGUGUCACCGGUCAAUCUCCGAGACUUGAAUUUGAAGAAGCAGGUCCAACACAACAGACAUGGCAGCCACCGCCUAGCUACCACGACCCUGAAACUACCGGCAUGAAUCCACAAGGUCACCAWAGUAUGUCUGGCCCUAUAGUUCAUGCUUCAGGAGGUCAAAAGCUUGAAACACUAAAGAAAUGGAGUAUAUCAACRUAUAAGURCACAAGGCAGUACUUGUCUGAGAGACUUGGAAAAGGUUCAAAGACAGUAGACAAGGAACUGGAAGCACAAGUUAUACUUCUCCGUGAAACACAAGUGAAAUAUGCUCAAAUGUUACGGCUUUCAAAGCAGAUGACCCACCAAUUUCAAGCUAUGCUUAAUACGCAGAAAUCUCUCGGUGACAUGUUUACUGAUUUAGGGAUGAAGUCACCAGAACUGCAAGAUGAGUUCAGUUACAAUUCUGAAACCCAAAAGUCUUUAUUCAGAAAUGGGGAGAUAUUACUUGGUGCUUUACAAUUUUUCAAUUCAAACUUGGAAACAUUAGUUCAUAAGACUAUGGAGGACUCAGUGAUGACAGUAAAGCAAUAUGAGUCAGCUAGAAUAGAAUAUGAUGCAUACAGAUCRGAUCUUGAGUCUGCACAGGCCCUUCCUCGUACUCCUGCCACGGCACCCAGGGUKGAUGAGACCAAAAACCAGUAUGACCAGCAAAAGGUCAAGUUUGACAAAUUGAGAGGGGAUUUGGCUAUUAAACUUAGAUUUCUUGAGGAAAAUAAGGUGAAAGUCAUGCACAAACAACUUCUACUGUUUAACAAUGCCAUCACAGCAUAUUUCUCUGGAAACAAGCAAGCAUUAGAGGCCUGUGUUAAGGAGUUUCACAUCAAAAUGAAAGCAAAAGAGUCAGAACAUUCUUCUUUUUUAGAGCGUUGAUUUGGUUCUUAGAAUAGGAUCUUUUACARAAUAUUGACUGGACUGUAAUGAGUAAUUUUACUAAAGUGGGAAAUUAUCUUGAAAUUUUAAUAAUUCAAUGAUUUUAAAAGGCAAUAAACUAGCAGUAUAAAUCCUACAGAGAACUUUUUUGCAGUUUUUCAACUAUCUGUUCUACAGAAAGAAUUAUUAGAAAUCUCAAAUAAUUUACAUGUAUAAUGUAUUUGUAACUUGAGAAAAAAAUCUUUUGGAUCUAUUCAAUAAUAUUGCUCUUACACAGGUACUAAAGCAGUAUUUUAGUUUGUCACAACAUUGAGAUGUAAAAUAUUCAAAUAUGAAGUAUAAUGUUGUACAGUGGUGGGAAUGAUGUAAUGUUCCUCAAGCAUCCAAUUUUCAUGUAUGUACCUGAUAACAGUGUGAGAAAUAAGGGACAUGUUUUUUACUGUAUUAGAUUUUCGUAUGUUGGAAGUGAUGAAGAUUUCUAUCAACAUUUGGCAUACAUCAAAAGUAAUGAUAAUUCUAUUAGGGUUAGCACCAGCAAUUGUAUAAAUAAUACAACUGUACUUUGUAAAUUGCUGUUACUAUAUUAAGUGAUGYUAAACAUGACCAUGACUUGAAUAAAGCUGAAAAAUUGUUAUUAAA